GGCUCCGCCCCGCGCGCCGCCACUGCGAGCUGCUGGCCGUCAGUGAUGGGGAGAACGUCAUCGGUCCGUUAACAUGUAGCUAGCCGAGACGCCACAUUAGCUUUACACACUCCGGAGGGUUCAGCGUUUUUCAGGGAUCCACACUGCACACAGGGCGGCGGCGGCGGGGCUCAAAUAUGUGUGAACAGGCUCACCGUCAAAGCCGCGAUCUGUUCUGGGUGCAGUCUGAGCUGACCGUGUGAAAAUCCACCACUUUAGCUGUAGCCUGCUAGGCUAGCUCAGCUAGCUAACUGCCUGGCUAACUCACUGCUGAGCACUGCUGCGCUAGCCCGAGCCCAGCGAGUCCGCCGCCAGCAGCAGCAGUAGCAGCAGCAUAGCAGUAAUUCGAUGGUUAGGGAGAGGAGGGCUGGCGGUAAGAAAGUCGAGUCGUCUUCUGCGGGGAACGGGCCGUCUUGUGGAGGGAUAACUGCGUCCUGAGAAACACGGUGACCUGAGCCAUGGGGGCAUUCCUGGACAAGCCCAAGACGGAGAAGCACAAUGCACAUGGUGAGGGCAAUGGCCUGCGCUACGGCCUCAGUAGCAUGCAGGGCUGGCGGGUGGAGAUGGAGGAUGCACACACGGCCGCUGUAGGCCUUCCUCACGGCCUGGACGACUGGUCCUUCUUCGCCGUGUACGACGGGCACGCCGGCUCACGUGUGGCCAACUACUGCUCCAAUCACUUGCUGGAGCACAUUGUGGCGGCCGGCUCAGUGGAAGAGCUGCGGAAAGCUGGUGCUCCUUCACCCGAGACGCCAGCCGUGGAGGCGGUAAAGAGCGGCAUCCGCGCCGGUUUCCUGCGCAUUGACGAGCACAUGCGCAGCUUCACAGACCUGCGCAACGGCAUGGACCGCAGUGGCUCCACGGCUGUGGCUGUGCUGCUCUCGCCCGAGCAUAUGUACUUCAUUAACUGUGGCGACUCCCGAGCGCUGCUCUGCCGCAACGCGCACGUCUGCUUCUCCACGCUGGACCACAAGCCAUGCAACCCACGUGAGAAGGAGCGCAUCCAAAACGCUGGGGGCUCAGUCAUGAUCCAGCGGGUUAACGGCUCACUAGCCGUGUCACGAGCGCUUGGCGACUACGACUACAAGUCUGUUGAGGGCAAAGGCCCUACGGAGCAGCUGGUGUCACCCGAGCCUGAGGUGUUUGAAAUUGUGCGUUCUGAGGCCGAGGACGAGUUUGUAGUGCUGGCCUGCGAUGGCAUCUGGGAUGUGAUGAGCAAUGAGGAGCUUUGCGCUUUCGUCCGCGCCAGGCUGGAGGUUUCAGAUGACUUGGAGAAAGUGUGCAAUGAGGUGGUGGACACGUGUCUACACAAGGGAAGUCGAGAUAACAUGAGUGUUGUGUUAGUGUGUUUGCCAAAUGCACCCAAAGUGUCAGAAGAGGCAGUGAAGAAAGAUGCAGAGCUGGACAAAUUUCUUGAGUCUCGUGUGGAAGAGCUCAUAGAGAAAGCAGGCGAGGGGGGCAUUCCUGACCUGGUACAUGUCAUGAGAAACCUCGCCACAGAGAAUAUCCCAAACCUCCCACCAGGGGGAGGCCUCCCCAGCAAGCACAGUGUUAUCGAGGCCGUGUACAACCGGCUCAAUCCCCAAAGAGAAGAAGAUGGGCCCUCCUGUUUCAUUUGAAUGGUGCAGACCUUGAGGACCCCUGGUAAACCUGCUCAGCCGGAGAGCAUGACCCCUUAAAGGAUCAAUCCCUCUGUCCGGAAGACACCCUUCAUACUUUUAUUUCCCUUUUUUGUAAGAAACCCAGAUUGAUUGGGAUGUCAGUAAUGAUUUGAACAGAAAAAGCAGCAAAUCCAAAAGGAUUGCACACUUCUUUUUGAUUUUUUUUUUGUUUGUCUUGCUUAAAUAUGAGGGAAAAGAGAAGAUCUUCAACGUUAGGAAACACAUCACAAAUCAAAAUACACAUCAAACAAUAAAGACAGACUUUUUGCGCUUUUUUUUUCUUCUCUUUUUUGUGGUUGUUGGUGUUCUUGUUGAAACUGAUGUUUGGGGUGAUGCACGCCCAUAAGCGCUGUGGUGCCUUUUUCUAGUCGGCUACGGAUGGGGAACUUGGGCUAGUGGCAGAUCCACGGCCUUCCGCCCAGAGCACAAUAGAACAGAUGGGCAAAGUGAGACCACUGCUACCCCCUUAACUUGGAGGGGGGUGCUUAUUCAGGAUUUCCUUGACUGGUGAUUGCAUGUGGAACAAGUUUGGAGCAAUUGCUACGUUACUACAUACCCUGUGUGGAAAGGUUUGGAGCUUGAUGGCUUUUUGCACCUUUUACACCCUCUCUCGCCACCGCCACCACCCCCCACCCCCCCCCCCCCCAACAAACACACAAGCUCUGACAGACGUUUCUGGAGAGAGACUGCGUCAAUAUUGCUUCACCCUGCAGUUUAUCACUCAUUUGGUUGUUAUAAGCUUUUAAUCCUGCUGUUUCAGAGAAUAUAGAAUAUAUAGAGAGAGAUAUAUAAAUUCAUAUAUUUUUUCCCUCCUUGAGUAUUGUGUCGUUUAUGGCUUACUGUUUAAGAAGCAAUAGACGUGACAAAGGUUUGCGUGUUCAAGUCAUUCCAUGUCAGAUCCCUGGGGAUUAAUGUCCCCUGUCAGAAAGUCCUUGCGGUCACUGUCUUCUUUUUCUUACAGGCCUCAUCUUACUACAUAUCUAUAAAUAUUAGAUGGUUGAUGUUGAAAAUUCAAGAACAGUAUUAGUUUUAAACAUUUUUCAAGUAGGGGCUCUGAGUGGCUCAGCAGAACAAGACACUGACCUAAGGCCUGAGGAUCACAAGUUAGAAUCCCAGGUUAUACUAGUUCUCACCAUCAGCAGCCGGAGUCUGAGAGAGCACAAUAAUUCAUGUAUUCUCUCGUGACUGAGCUUUCUCCCCACAUCAUUUCCACUGCGAUGCUGGCCGGUGCAGGUGCCGUUUGGCGCUUUUCUCCAAGAGCUUUGGCGGCAGUUCAGAAAGGCUGACUUGAUCUGUCAGAGGAGGCAUGCUCUAGUCCUCAUUGAAAACUCUUACUAUUAAAAACACAAAUAUUUAAAUUAAAUGUUUUUUAUAAACCAUCUGUAUAGAGUUGUAAUAUGUUUGUUAAAUGAAAUCCACUGUAUUUACUUAAACAAUAAACUAAGGAUAGUGAACUAAGUAAAGUUUGAGUUAUAGAAAAGUGGCCAUGAACACUAAAAAAAAAACAAAAAAAAAAAAACACAGCUACAGCUACUCCUAAUUCUAUACCAGAUGACCUAAAAAGCCCUAUUCUUCAGGAGAUUUGAUGUGGAAUGAUUAGUGUGUAUGUAGGUGUGUGUGGCUGGUGUCAGAAGAAUGAAGUGUAUGAAUUACUCUGGACAUACUGGGAUUGUACAAGUUAUGUGCUACUCUGACCAGGUUGCCCCAAAAAUCUGUGGGCAUUGUAUGCUAAAAGGGAGCAACGUGAUGCCCAAGAAAGACAAGCUACUACUCAUCACCUCCUCCAGCACUUCUCUUUGUAUCAUAUCUCUGCCUUCUUUCCUCCUUUCUCAGUUCUCACCGUCACAAUGCACAACUGAACUCUUCAAACAACCUGCCUUUGUUUUUUUUUUCUUUUUUGUCCUCAGAGUAUAUUGUAAAAUGGUGUGGGUUUUUUUGUUUGUUUUGGUUAGCUGAACAUGAAAAUACAAGCUUUAUGAUGAAUUUCUGCAUUAUUUUCAGACUCAGCGUACAAGUGUGAUACUGGUUUUGCUCAAAAUGCAUUUUCUGGAGUACUAGAUGACUUCAGAAUUAAUUGCAAACAUGAGAACUGCAAGGUGAACUUGAGCAGAACAAUAAAGAUCAAGUAAAAGCUGUUCCUCA